CUCCGACCAGCUAAAAGAGUUGUCUGUCCCCUCUCGGGAAGCUGUAGUCAAAAGGAUCUUCAGAUCGUAGCUUGUUUGUGGCCUUUCUCGCAUUUGUUGAGCCUUCCUCCUGAGCCACCGAUGGCGUCGUCUUCGUCUGCCGUGCCUCGCCCGAAGGGCAAAGCCAAGGCCAAGGCCAAGGGCACUGCCUCAGAAGGGUCUCCUACAGCAGAUACGUCGGGAGCUGAAGAGCGCCAAGCGUGACAACGAGCCGCAGCACAUCGGCCUGGACGGUGUGGAGAUCUGCGGCGUGCUGGAGGACCUCUAUCCCGUCGACCGCUACCACGAUAUGGAUGAUGCUCGCUACCUUGUCAGCCCUGACAGGGUCAUGUACCCCUUCCCGAGCAUCAUCAUCACCAACGGAUAUGGCAAAUGUGAGCAGCAGGGAGGAUAUGAGGUGGUUUGAUGGUUGCAUGUUGCUGUGAUUCAUUGAUGUGCAGAUAAGGUGGAUGUGGCCAUCAAGGCGUCGGAUCCGGUCGGCUGGAGGGAUGCUGGGAGGGAAGGAUGUGUUUGCCCGAUCCCUGUGCGCACACUUGGUCGCUCCUCUCUCUCUCUCUCUCUCUCUCUGCGUGUGUGGUGCAGGCCAAGGGUGUGACGAUGGGUGACGCCGCCAGGGUCAUCAACGAGCUCAGCCAGAAGCAGAAGGAUGCCAUCCUCCACAACUCCUUCGACGGCGACUGGCCUGACCACCAGUGAGUCAACCCCCCCAUGCACACACUGUGGCACGCCUGUCUGGUGGUGUGCUCAUGUGUCUUGUGUGUGGGGGUCGGUCAGUUUCCUCGAGGGCGCCAUGCGCGUGAGCUGCGGCGUGUACACUCCCUACUACGGCAGCUAAACCAACAACCAACCAACCAAAAGACAUCACGUAAGUGACGACACAUCGGUCGGUUGCGUGGGGCGAGGAAGGUGGCAAAUGUGUGUUGUGUUGUGCAGUGAGCUAUUGAAGAUAUUACCACCGUCGUUAGUACUAUGACGAUGCACAGUGGGCUCGAUGCCCCAUCAGUUUUGAUGAUGGAUGGAUGGAUGGAUGGAUCUAGGAGGGAAGGGCAGAUGAGGUGGAUUGUUCGCCGUGAU